UGAAAAAGAUGUCGGCCAGAAGACCUAUUGGCAACACAGAGUAUUUGAAGAAAAGAAUUCCACAAAAUCCCAAAUACCAGCAUGUGAAAUCAAGGCUCGAUACAGGUUGCAGCCUGUUAAAAUACAUGGAAAGACUGGAUGAGAUCAAGAGGAAUUGCCGAUAUAAAAAGGGUGAACUCUUCAAAAGGCUGAAAGUGACAACAUUUGCUCAGUUGGUAAUCCAGGUUGCUUCAGUGUCUGAUCUGAAUGACGUGGUGAUAGAUGGAGAAACAUCACGGCUUUCGGACAACAUCUCUGUGCUCUCCGGGGGGGAUUCAGAGCGCCUGUCGGAGAGGUCCAAUGGCUCUCCCCACAAUCCCUCUCCACAGCUCAACAACAACAGCGAAUCCGGGGACACGGGCUUCUCCCCACGAUCGACACUGCAAAGUGUGAUAAGCGGCGUCGGAGAGAUGGACCUGGACAAGAACGGCCAGCGGAGCGGGAACCUGACCCCAGAGCCCAGUCCCAGAGUCGGAGAGCUGCCCUACCCCGACUGCCCCUACCUGCUGCUGGACGUGCGGAACCGAGACGACUACGACCAGUGCCACAUCAUCAGCGCAUACAGUUACCCAGUUGCAACACUCUCCCGCACAAUGAACCCAUACACUAAGGAAGUGCUGGACUAUAAAAACGCUCCGGGCAAGAUAAUCAUUCUUUAUGAUGAGGAUGAGAGAAUCGCCAGCCAGGCCGCCACCACCAUGUGUGAGAGAGGAUUCGAAAACCUGUUCAUGCUGUCAGGAGGGUUGAAGGUGGUCGCUCAGAAGAUUCCGGAAGGCUUGACGACAGGCUCCAUCCCGGCGCACUGCCUCCCGUCUCCCACGCCCACCGGGGGGCGCAAGCGCCCCGCCCCGCCUCAGGUGUCCCACCCGGCCGAGAAGAAGUGGCGCUUCACCUCGGAUGAUCUCGGCAAGAUCCAGAUGCACCUGGAGGAGGUGCUCGUCCCCUCAGACAGCAGCAGCCGGUUGAGCCGGAUGUCCAUGAGCAGCGCCCAGUCCAAGGUGUCCAGCGCGAGGAGCCGGCAGGACAGCGCCAGGUCACAAAGCAGCCGGCCCUGGAAGUAGCCCCUGCACUACAGAGCACAGCACCCCACCAGUGCAUCAGAGCACUCCACUACUGCAUCAGAGCACCCCACCAGUGCAUCAGAGCACUCCUGUACAUACAUACAUACAUACAUCCGAUACCCUCUCAUCUGACACCCUUUCAGCUCUCUCCCUCUUAGGGUAUUGCUGCAUCAGCUGCUGCAGUUCUGUUUGAAUGUGCUGCUUUUAAGAUUGUAAAAGUCAUCCUUACCCGUCGAUAAGCAAAGGCCCUCUCUGUGUUUGAUGAGCAGCUGUGUUUGUUGUUAUACACAGUGUCUGGCAGCUCUUAACCUCCCUUUGAAGACUGGCUGUCUGCAUGCUGUCAAAGGAGGCAGUAGGCAGUAAGCCUCAUAAUAGCACUAAGCAGAGCCUGCUCUCUGCUCUAAUGCUCCCAAAGAGAAAUAUUUGCACAUGUAGCAGGCAUGAUGAUCCCUUAGGUUCUUCACCAGAGGGAAUGAAACCGGCUCUGUUUUAUGUGCAAAUAGGCUUUUGCGUCCUUUGAGUAGUAGAGUAAUGUGCUGACACUUCACUCCUAUGGCCUCACAUUUUGGUUCUGCACCUACCUAACAGUAGAUGUCUGUGUGUGUGUGUGUGUGUGUGUGUGUGUGUGUGUACACGUGCGCGUGCGCGUGCGUAGUUCUGAGUAGGCCUGAUUAUGCAUUAACGCCUGGCUGUCCUUUUUUGUAGUUAGUGUGCAGAUUCAUUCAGAAAGUAUUGACUGAAUCUCUCUCUCCCUAGCAGUUUCACAGAUGGUAUUGAUGGUAUUAUAGUUCAUUGUUGUGAUUCAUCAGUGUGUAUCAAGAGACAAUCACCUGUCUGUUGAAGUGAUGGUAGUUGUGUACGCUGUCCUUCACUAAAGGCUUUUACAGGAGAUACAGGAAUGGAAGGCCGUCCAGCAAAGCUGAUUUGCAGCGUGAUCUGCCUGUGCAGGUAGUUUCAAUUACUCCAUUGCUGUGUGAGCGUACCACACAUGCACUGCAAGCAUGAUUCAUUUCUUACUUUCCAAAAAAAGAAUCAUUUCUAAAGAUAAGUUUGACAGCAAAACACAUUAGAAGAAGGGAUAUUAUACAGUCUUACUUAACAUCGUUGUUUUAAACCGUAAUGUCAUUCUAAAGGAU